AUGGCAUUGGACGCCCCCCCUACCUGGUUUCGCCCCCCCCAGGUGAUAUCACGGGUGGAGGGCGGGGCGCUGGAGGUGCGAAUACCCGGGGAAGGUGGAUGCACCUUCUGGCUCCUCACGCUCCUUCUGCCAAGCUUCCCCCUUUCCACCUGCUCCCACCUCCACAAUCCUGUCCACUCACUCCCUGCUCGCUUCUCUACCCCGCCCGUCCAUCACCCCUCUUCCCUGCUGCCGCUCUCCACUCUCUCCCCUCGCCCUCACAGAUUAUGGUCGCAAUACCACAUCAUCGGUGCUCGCUUCCGAGCCGCAGCUCGCUGCGAAUCCAUUCUGCUGUCGCCGCACCUCUUCAGCAUCACCAUCAAGCUCCCAGACAGGGUCACAGAGCAGCGCGGCAGCACGUCACGGCUGCAAGCCGUAGUGGUGCAGGACUUGAACUCCCCACCGCCGCUGCCGUCCCCGCCAAUGCACGGGGCAGGGUAUCGGCCAGUGGCCAAUCCGCCAAAUCUGGUGUGUGUGUUUGUGGAGCAGCAGCAGGAUUACAGGUUUGGCACAACCCUGAGUGACGCGGAGAAGUACUGGGUGGUGGGGGAGCUGUCUCACCACCUGCACUGCAUGCGCCUCCGACCCGCACAGGAGCAUGUGUAA